AUGUUCCGUGGCAAACAGACUAGAGUGCUGCUCCUGAAUGACAUGGAGAAGCUCGAGAGGACUCUGUUUCGCCUGGAGCAAGGCUUUGAGCUGCAGUUCCGUCUUGGGCCUACACUUCAAGGAAAAGAUGUUCAUGUCCACACCAACUACCCACCUGUUGGACAGAAAUUCAACAGCCAAAAGUUUCGUGUCCUAGAAUGGAUCAACCCCACCGGUCGGGAAGAUGACUCAGACAAGUACUGUAAACUUGACCUGGAGAUUGCUGGGUCGUACCAGUACUACUUCGGGUGUGGGUAGGAGAAGACAGGCUCUGGUUGUAUUGUGGUGGACCCUGUUCUACGUGUUGGUCAUGACAGACAAAUCCUACCACUGGAUUCUAUAACCAUCCAGACGUACCUUGCCAAGUGUCUUGGCCCAAUGGAUGAGUGGCUUGACAGACUUAGAGUGGCAAAGGAAACCGGUUACAACAUGAUUCACUUCACACCACUGCAGAAACUUGGUCUGUCCCGCUCAUGUUACUCAAUUGCCGACCAGCUGGAGCUGAAUCCGGAAUUCUCCCCUCCUGGAAAGAAUUAUACCUGGAUGGAUGUGGGCAACCUGACGGAGAAACUUAAGCGAGAGUGGAACAUGAUUUGUAUAACAGAUGUGGUAUACAAUCAUACAGCUGCCAACAGUAGCUGGCUAAGGCUACACCCAGAGUGUGGCUAUAACCUGGUCAACUCCACUCACCUGAGACCAGCCUGGCUGCUAGACAGGGCCCUGUGGCACCUCUCCUGUGACAUAAUUAAUGGCAAAUACAGUGAAAGUGGACUUCCUGCAUUGAUUGAAAAUGAAAAGCAGCUUACUACACUCCAAGGGAUUCUGUGGAAAGAUAUCUUUUCCCAGCUAAAACUGUGGGAAUUCUUUCAGGUCAAUGUGGACAAAGCUGUGGAGCAAUUUAGGAAGCUCCUUCAGUCUGAGGCAGAUGAUAAACACAAGCUGAAAGUUAUUCAGGAUCCUCAGUGGAGGCGUUUUGGCAACACUGUGGAUAUAAAGAUGGCCUUGGAGACAUUUGGCCAACACACGAAUGGCCCAUCGUCAGUCCAAGAAAGUUGUGAGAAGUUUAAGCUGAGUUUGGAGGAGCUGAAUGUGGAUUGCUACAGGGAAAUACAUGAACAUCAGGAGAUGGCUAUAAAUUGCAUUGUGGGAACUGUAGUUUAUGAACGUCUUGCUGCCCAUGGCCCCAAGCUGGGUCCCAUCACCAAGACAAACCCUUUGGUGAAAAGGUAUUUCACUUUCCCAUUUGAAGACAUGACCUUGGAUCAGGAGAUACAGCUGUUGCAGCAGCCAGACAAAGCAUGUCACCUCCUGGCUCAUAAUGGAUGGGUUAUGGGGGAUGAUCCACUGAGAAACUUUGCUGAACCAGGGUCCCAUGUGUAUUUGAGGAGAGAACUGGUUUGUUGGGGUGACAGUGUGAAGCUUCGCUAUGGUGACAAACCCGAGGACUGUCCAUACCUGUGGGCACACAUGAAGAAGUACACAGAGAUUACAGCUAAACAUUUCUCUGGUGUCCGCCUGGACAACUGCCAUUCCACCCCCCUCCACGUGGCUGAGUAUAUGCUGAAGACUGCGCGUGAGCACAGGCCUGAUCUGUUUGUGGUGGCUGAACUCUUCACUGGGAGUGAGCAGUUGGACAAUGUCUUUGUGACAAGGCUUGGCAUUACCUCGCUUAUUCGAGAGGCAAUGAGUGCUGGGGACAGUCAUGAGGAGGGCAGGCUAGUGUAUCGGUUCGGAGGAGAACCUGUGGGCUCUUUCAUCCAGCCCAGUCUCAGGCCUUUGGUCCCAUCCAUCGCCCACGCCAUGUUCCUCGACGUCACCCAUGACAACGAGUGCCCCAUUCAGCUUCGUUCGGUGUAUGACUCUCUCCCCAGUUCGGCUAUUGUUUCCAUGGCCUGCUGUGCCACAGGCAGCACCAGAGGGUAUGAUGAACUGGUUCCUCACCAGAUCUCAGUGGUCGACGAAGAGCGCCGUUAUUCUAAAUGGAACCCAGAUGCAUCUUCUGCAGGCGAGGUAAACCUCCAGACCGGUAUCAUUGCUGGAAAGCUGGCCCUCAACAGGCUUCACCAAGAGCUCGCACACAAAGGCUUCACCCAGGUUUAUGUGGACCAAGUGGAUGAGGACAUUGUGACUGUGACCAGGCACUGCCCAAGCACACACCAGUCUGUGGUCGCUGUGUGUCGCACAGCUUUCAAAGAUCCCAAGACUCACACCUACAAAAAGGACGUGCCCUCUGUGUGUAUUCCAGGUAAAAUAGAGGAGGUGAUUCUCGAAGCUCGCACCUUACAGCGAAACGCUGAGUCAUUUGUGAAAGACGAGACCUAUGUAAAUGGCUUGCCUGACUACACAGUGGAGAUCCAGGAACAUAUACAGCUUACGGACAGCAAAAUUGUGAAACGAGCAGAAGUUAAGUCAAAGGAUCGCAGUGAGUUCGUUCAAGAGAUUGAAUUUGACCGUCUCACACCUGGCAGUGUCAUAGUUUUCAGGGUGAAUCUGGACCCUAAGUCGCGGGACGUGGUGGGGUUCCUACGCACACAGCUGGUCCAGUUCAACCGCCAGUACAGAUUAGGCAGCCUGGCUGACAGCAAUGUGUCUGGCAUACUGAAAAUAGCGUUGGAAUUCCUCGUGUCCAAGUUGUCCUUGGCGGAGCUGAACACGCUGCUGUUCCGCUGCGAUGCCGAGGAGCAGGAAGAGGGCGGCGGAUGUUACGGUAUUCCUUCCUGGAUGCCCCUGAAAUAUGGAGGCUUACAAGGAUUUGUGUCAGUGUUGUCAGAAAUUCGACCCAAAAACGAUCUUGGCCACCCUUUCUGUGACAACCUGAGACAAGGGGACUGGAUACUCGACUACAUCAGCACUCGCCUUUUGAACAAAGGUGGAGCACUGCGGGAGAUUGGAAAAUGGUUCCAGGCCAUGUUCACUUAUCUCAAGCACAUACCUCGUUAUCUUGUGCCAUGCUACUUCGAUGCUAUCAUUGUUGGAGCUUAUACCACAGCUUUGGAUGCUGUAUUCAGUCAGAUGUCAAGCUUUGUGCGGAAUGGUUCCACCCUGGCAAAGCAGCUUGCCUUGGGGUCAGUGCAGAUGUGUGGGGUGGGCUGUCACCCUGUCCUGCCCCAGCUCUCUCCAGCCCUUCAGGACGUGCCAUACCGUCUGAACCCUGUCACCAAUCAGCAGGAGCAGUGCUGUGUGUCCAUGGCUGCAGGGCUGCCUCAUUUCUCUUCAGGAAUAUUCCGCUGUUGGGGGCGGGACACCUUCAUCUCUCUACGUGGGCUCAUGCUAGUGACGGGUCGUCACCUUGAGGCCAGAAACAUUAUCCUGGCUUUUGCUGGUACCCUGAGACAUGGUCUUAUCCCUAACCUGCUUGGUGAGGGCGUGAGUGCCCGCUACAACUGCCGUGACGCCGUGUGGUGGUGGCUGCAGUGCAUUCAGGACUACUGUAGCAUGGUGCCCGAUGGCAUUCAAAUCCUCUUGUGCCCAGUAUCGCGGAUGUACCCCACCGACGACUCUGAACCUCAUCCUGCUGGGACUGUGGAUCAGCCAUUGUAUGAAGUCAUCCAAGAGGUCAUGCAACGCCACAUGCAAGGCAUCGAAUUUAGAGAGAGGAACGCCGGACCGCAGAUCGACCGAAACAUGAGCGAUCAAGGGUUUAACAUUGAAGCCAAGGUAAAUCCAGACACAGGAUUUGUGUAUGGAGGAAACCGCUUCAACUGUGGCACGUGGAUGGAUAAAAUGGGAGAGAGUGACCUUGCACAUAACAGAGGAGUACCGGCCACGCCCAGGGAUGGCUCUGCUGUGGAGAUUGUUGGCCUUAGUAAAUCCACUGUGCGCUGGCUAACGGAGCUCUAUAAAAACGGUGUCUUCCCCUAUUCCUCCGUCACUGUUCACAAAGAUGAUGCAGAGAUCUCUGUAUCUUACGAGGAAUGGAACCAAAAGAUUCAGGAGAAUUUUGAAAAGAUGUUCUAUGUGUCACAAGACCCAAAUGAUCCCAACGAACAGCAUCCAGAGCUGGUUCAUAAGAGGGGCAUUUAUAAGGACAGCGUUGGAGCCUCCAGCCCCUGGUGUGACUACCAGCUCAGGCCCAACUUCACAAUUGCCAUGGUGGUGGCCCCGGAGUUGUUUACAGUGGAAAGAGCCUGGGAGGCUUUAGAGAUUGCUGAGAAGAAGCUGCUUGGCCCUCUGGGAAUGAAGACAUUAGAUCCAGAUGAUAUGGUGUACUGUGGUGUCUAUGACAAUGCCCUUGAUAACAGCAACUACAACACUGCAAAAGGCUUCAAUUACCAUCAAGGACCUGAAUGGCUUUGGCCAGUUGGCUACUUUCUCCGAGCCAAACUGUAUUUUGCCAGGAGAAUGGGCAAAGAGGUAUAUGACAAGACAGUCUACCUAAUGAAGAACGUCAUAUCUCGGCAUUAUGUUCACUUGGAGAGAUCCCCCUGGAAAGGAUUACCUGAACUGACCAAUGAAAAAGGACAAUACUGCUCUUUCAGCUGUGAAACUCAAGCCUGGUCUAUUGCCACACUUCUGGAGGCUCUUUAUGAUCUGUGA